AAAUGCACUAACCACAGUAUCUCCAUGCUGACUGCGGUGGUGGCAUCCUGCCCACCUUUCAAUUCACCUCAACCUCCACUGGCAACACCCUUGUUUUUCCAGUUUGGAACUUGCUAAAGUAAAAAAGUGUCACCUGACCUGAAGUCCUAAUAGAAGCAUUUGAUGUGGGCGUACCCUACCGAGUAGAUAAUCAUCAGAGAAAGCAAGCUUGAGACCUCCAGGAAGCUGACUUCGAAACGCUUGGAUCUCUACUUGGAUUAUCAUUUGUAUGGAAAAUAACCAAAAGAACUCAUAAAGCACCAACUAACUCUGGCAGGUUUCAGUAAAAAGACGCAAGAUUUUAAAUUGCUUUUUAAAAGAUGACUUCUCACCCACCCUGCCCCACAUUUCCCAGGGAAAUAAAAGCAGAAGUCCUAAGCAGCCAGACGGAAAUAUAGUGUCUGCAUAGCUUUGAGUCCACAGCAUUUGAAGGUAAUUUCUGAUCGUGAAGUCCUCUGUUCCUCUCUCCCUCUAUUUCUCUCUAGAACACUCAAGACUUUACUGAUGAAAGCUCAGCAGAUUCUCUAACACAGUUUUAAGAACUAAACUAAGACAUUAAAAGGGAUAUACCAGAUGCCACUCUGCAGGUUGCAUUAACUACCACUUACGGGACACAUUCAAAUCCUUCAGAAUCAUCUGAGUAACAAGGUAGCAAAGACGACACAGCAAGCCAUGGACAACCUCACCUCUGUGGCUGGGAAUGGCAGCCUGUGUACCAGAGACGACAAAAUCAGCCAGGUCCUCUUCCCGCUCCUCUAUACUGUCCUGUUUUUUGUUGGACUCAUCACAAACAGCCUGGCAAUGAGGAUUUUCUUUCAAAUCCGCAGUAAAUCCAACUUUAUUAUUUUUCUUAAGAACACAGUGAUUUCGGAUCUUCUCAUGAUUCUUACUUUUCCAUUCAAAAUCCUUAGUGAUGCCAAACUGGGGACAGGACCUCUGAGAACCUUUGUGUGCCAAGUGACCUCUGUCAUAUUUUAUUUUACAAUGUAUAUCAGUAUCUCAUUCCUAGGACUGAUAACUAUUGAUCGCUAUCAGAAGACCACCAGGCCAUUUAAAACAUCCAAUCCCAACAACCUCUUGGGGGCUAAGAUUCUCUCUGUGGUCAUCUGGGCCUUCAUGUUCUUACUCUCUUUGCCUAACAUGAUUCUGACCAACAGGAGGCCAAGAGACAACAAUGUGAAGAAAUGCUCUUUCCUCAAAUCGGAAUUUGGUCUGGUCUGGCAUGAAAUAGUCAAUUAUAUCUGUCAAGUCAUUUUCUGGAUAAAUUUUUUAAUUGUCAUUGUAUGUUAUACACUCAUUACGAAUGAACUGUACAGGUCUUAUCUAAGAACAAGGGGUGCAGGCAAAGCCCCCAAGAAAAAGGUGAACAUCAAAGUUUUCAUUAUCAUUGCGGUAUUUUUUAUUUGUUUCGUUCCUUUCCAUUUUGCCCGAAUUCCCUACACCUUAAGCCAAACCCGCGACGUCUUCGACUGCUCUGCUGAGAACACUCUGUUCUACGUGAAAGAAAGCACUCUCUGGCUCACUUCCUUAAACGCAUGCCUGGAUCCAUUCAUUUACUUUUUCCUUUGCAAGUCGUUCAAAAAUUCCUUGAUGAGUAUGCUCAAGUGCCCCAAUUCUGCAGCAUCGCCUUCCCAAGGAAGUAGGAAAAAAAGACAGGAUGGUAGUGACCCAAGCGAAGAGACUUCAAUGUAAACAAAGUGAGGUAAUUUCAAUCUACUAAUGUUUGCAACUCCUUAAAGAAAAGCACUAUGUAAAAACAUUAACACUGACCAGGAAGUAGUGGACUUAGUAACAACAUAAGAAGCAACAGAAGACUACAAAAGUAAUUUUCAUUUACCUGUCCAGUAUUAAAAGCUAUCUUAAAAUGUAGAAAAAUAACCUCACAUGUAGCUACUCAGCAAAACAAACUACAAAACAAUCCAAUUCAAGAUUGUAGAGUUUGGGCAAAAUUAAUAACCAUAUAAAAUUAUCUACUGUAAUACUCUAAAUACAUUAUUGAUCACAAUGUUAUUAACUUAUUAUAAUCAAUUAAGGAAGAAUGAUAAAUAUGGUAAAAUUUUCUGACCAAAACUCUAAUUAAGAUGUAUACACAUCCUCGUCCCCUAAUCAUUUGCUGACCUAUUGUGAUACUCAUAAAAAUUUAAGUAAAUGGGACAUGCCAAGAAUACUAACUACUAACUUUUAAUUAUUAGCAAAUAUCUAAGGCAAUUUACACUAAUUGAAAUGGUAAUUGAUUAGACUGAAUUUUUUUUAUUUUCAUUAAGAUGGGUUUUAAAAACGCCUUUCCAAUUUUAAAAAGAGUAGAAAUAGCAAAUGAAGUUAUUAAAAUAGCUAUUUUAUGACAUUCUAAUACCAAUAAAUUUGACUAUUUCCUUAAUACAAGAGAAGCCAGUUUCACUAAUAUUUUGACAAUGUUAGUAAAUACAAUGCCUUUAUUAACUAGCAUCCAGAAACUCUGCUACUUGGGUUAAUGAGCAUUUCCCUUAGAGAGAAAAACUAUUUAAAUAUGACUAUGAAGCUUUACAGAGUAACUAUUAACAGGAAAGUGAUUUACAUGUUUGGAAACCUCUUGGGGGCUAAGAUUCUCUCUGUGGUCAUCUGGACGUUCAUGUCAUCUGGACGUACCUAUUUGUCAUUUGUGUGUAAACAAAAAAUUUACAUUAAACUCUAAAUCACA